CAGCCCACCUUUUCCGCGAACAGCCACCUCGUCGCGACUUCCGGCGAUUUUUCCUGUUCGAGCAGCAACGCGCCGUGGCCAAGCCCUCACGCCGCGACAUCAGAUCCUUUGCCCCGCCGCGUGUUUCUCUCAACGGCGAGCAGCAGGUCCCUCGUCCACUCGCGAGCAUUGCGGCCCUCGUUCUAUCCAUUCACGUCGAGAAAUCCUUGUAAGCGAGCCCCUGUUCAAAUUUCAGAUUUCACCGAACCUCCUUUUCGAGCUGCAGCAGGCAGCCCGAACGUUAGCGGCACCCCGUCGGCCUUCGUUCGCAGCAGCCGUCCCUUCACAGCAGCGGCCAGAUUCCUUUUUCCGUCGAGCAGUAGCCUUUCGGGCGCGUGCGAGGAUAACAACGGGCAGCCUUUUGUCGUAAGGGUUAGCAGCGGUAAGCCGUCGAGCCCCCCGUUGUGCCCCGUCAACCCUCCCACCCCGUCGCGACUUCCGGCAAUUUUUCCUGUUCGAGCAGCAAUGCGCCGCGGCCAAGCCCUCACGCCGCGACAUCAGAUCCUUUGCCCCGCCGCGUGUUUCUCUCAACGGCGAGCAGUAGGUCCCUCGUCCACUCGCGAGCAGUACCGCCGACGAACAAGACGAGAUGAAUUCUUGCUGGCGACCUUCACAAGCAGUUGCGGCCCUCGUUCUAUCCAUUCACGUCGAGAAAUCCUUCGAGCCCCUGUUCAAAUUUCAGAUUUCAACGAACCUCCUUUUCGAGCUGCAGCAGGCAGCCCGAACGUCAGCGGCACCCCGUCGGCCUUCGUUAGCAGCAGCCGUCCCUUCACAGCAGCGGCCAGAUUCCUUUUUCCGUCGAGCAGUGGCCUUUCGGGCGCGUGCGAGGAUAACAACGGGCAGCCUUUUGUCGUAAGGGUUAGCAGCGGUAAGCCGUCGAGCCCCCCGUUGUGCGCCGUCAACCCUCGUUCGACCCGACAUCGCAACCUGCUCCUCCGCGGGACGUCACUCUCAGCCCUCGACCUUCAGCGAGCU